AUUGUCGUCUCAUAAAAACGGCACGCUGUUGAGUUACGUUUGCCGGAAACGUCAACUUGCGCUCUCCUUCCUUCUCCUCGGCGGAUGAAUUAACUAACAAAAACAAGUUGUUGAUGCGUUUGUAGAUUUCUCGGAGAUUCAUUCAAGAUACAAGUAAGCUAGUUGAUCGCAGGCAGGGGGUGAGUGAAGCAAACGAAAUGGGAGCAUCAGAUUCAACUCUGCAGGGAAAUGGAAGUGGAGAUGUGAUAACGACCAUAUCGCAUCGAUCAGAAGUAGUCGAUCCCAUUCUCGAGAAUCUUAAAUCCCUCUCAGUUAGUAGGCCAAUAUUGAAGUCGCCUCCCACGGAAAGUAGCUUAACGGACAUCUUAGUUAGAAAAGCUCUAUCUAGUUCAUCUUCCAAUACGGUGGAUCCUCAAAUACUUGUAGAGCUCUUCUCCAUUUACCGAGAAUGGCAAGAGUCCAAAGCUCAACAAAUCACCAAUACACAGGAAGAUAUAGAAAACAAGAUCGAAGUGGCAGAUGCUUUGGCGACUAAACUUUUACAGAGGUUCAACCACUCUGUUUCUGCUAUGAGGACAACUUCCCAGCAUUUAUCUCAAGUUCAUGGUUUGCAGGUGGAGCUCGGGGAGCUUAAAGGAAGGUUAACUGAGGUGAUCAACAACUGCGAUACAUUAUGUAAGAGAAUUAAUUCUGAGGGUCCUGAAUCUCUAAGGUCCACUGUCACCCCUUUUUCUCUUGCAUCCCCUGAUUCGGUCAGUAUAAACACUACUACCCUCUCUUCUAAACAAGAUCCAUAAGAGUAAGUAAAUACUCUUUAACAAUUAGUUAGAUUGGUGAAUCGGAAUACGUCUAGUUAUAUACUAUAUUUUACUCAUCUCAUUUGAGUUUUGCAUAGAUGUAUGAUGAUGUCUUUUUUACGUUGGUUUAUUUUCUGAGUUGUGUAAUCUCGCUGGUGAACAGUAGGAACCCAUUGUAGGUUGUGAUAAAGGGAAAAUUCAUAUGUAAUAAAUAUUUUCUGUU